CUCGCGGGCGCCGCGGAGCUCGAGGAACCUGGAUCCGGCGGUCUAGGGUGUAGGAGAGUGCUGUCUUCGGGCCGUGGAGGCCCGGCAAGGAAUAUGGCAGCGCGAUGGAGUAGUGAAAAUGUGGUAGUGGAGUUCCGCGACUCCCAGGCGACUGCCAUGUCUGUGGACUGUCUGGGGCAGCAUGCAGUGCUUUCUGGCCGCAGGUUCCUCUACAUUGUCAAUCUAGAUGCCCCUUUCGAAGGUCACCGGAAAAUCUCUCGCCAGAGCAAAUGGGAUAUUGGAGCUGUACAGUGGAAUCCUCAUGACAGCUUCGCACACUAUUUUGCAGCUUCGAGUAACCAGCGGGUCGACCUUUAUAAGUGGAAGGAUGGCAGUGGGGAAGUCAGCACAACCCUACAGGGCCAUACUCGCGUCAUCAGUGACUUGGACUGGGCAGUGUUCGAGCCAGAUCUCCUGGUCACCAGCUCUGUGGACACCUACAUCUACAUUUGGGACAUCAAAGACACCAGGAAACCUACUGUCGCACUGUCAGCUGUAGCUGGUGCCUCCCAGGUCAAAUGGAAUAAAAAAAAUGCUAACUACCUUGCCACCAGCCACGAUGGAGACGUGCGGAUAUGGGAUAAGCGGAAACCCAGCACAGCAGUGGAGUAUCUAGCAGCCCACCUCUCCAAAAUCCAUGGCCUUGACUGGCACCCAGACAGUGAGCACAUUCUUGCCACCUCCAGUCAGGACAACUCUGUCAAGUUCUGGGAUUACCGACAGCCUCGGAAAUACCUCAAUAUUCUACCUUGUCAGGUGCCUGUGUGGAAGGGCAGAUACACGCCUUUCAGCAAUGGGUUAGUGACCGUGAUGGUUCCCCAGCUGCGGAGGGAAAACAGCUUGCUCCUGUGGAAUGUCUUUGACUUGAACACCCCGGUCCAUACCUUUGUAGGGCACGAUGACGUGGUGCUGGAGUUCCAGUGGAGGCGACAGAAGGAAGGGUCCAAGGACUACCAGCUUGUUACAUGGUCCCGGGAUCAGACCUUGAGAAUGUGGCGGGUGGAUUUCCAGAUGCAGAGGCUCUGUGCCAAUGACAUACUGGAUAGCGAUGAGUUCAUUGAGAGCAUUUCUCUUCUGCCGGAACCAGAGAAAACCCUGCACACCCAAGACACUGAUCACCAGCACAACUCAAGCCACGGAGAGGAAGAAGCCUUAAAGGAAGAUCACCCUAGCAGCCUCCUGGAGGAGAAGAAGUCAGAUCAGCUGGGCCUUCCCCAGACUCUGCAGCAGGAGUUCUCUCUAAUCAACGUGCAGAUCCGCAAUGUCAAUGUAGAGGUAAGUCCUAGCUUAGAGAGCCUGCCUCAUGCUUGUCAUGCAGUUUGUGGGAGAUUUAAACACUUGGUUACGUUUCCCUGGCAGUACCCCAACAAUGCUGCCCCUUCCUUCCAGUUCAUUAACCCCACGACCAUCACAUCCACCAUGAAAGCUAAGCUGCUAAAGAUCCUGAAGGACACUUCACUGCAAAAAGUGAAACGAAACCAGAGCUGUUUGGAGCCCUGCCUGCGUCAGCUCGUCUCCUGCCUUGAGUCUUUCGUGAACCAAGAAGACAGUGCUUCCAGCAAUCCAUUUGCACUCCCAAACUCCGUCACACCACCCUUACCAACAUUUGCGCGGGUCACCACUGCCUAUGGCUCCUAUCAGGAUGCCAAUAUCCCCUUUCCUAGGACUUCUGGAGCCAGGUUCUGUGGAGCAGGUUGGUUUCUUGUGGUUCUGAUUCCAGAUCUUAGGAGAAUAUCUCUCUCAGCCCUGUCUGCUUAUCAUACUGGCUUGAUUGCACCGAUGAAGAUUCGCACAGAGGCCCCUGGCAAUCUCCGUUUAUACAGCGGAAGCCCCACUCGCAGCGAGAAAGAACAGGUCUCCAUCAGUUCUUUCUACUACAAGGAACGGAUGUCUCCUCGCUCUGCCCGGCGACGUUGGUCCAUACAAGCAAUUAACGACUUCCCGAAAUCCAGGAGGUGGAAAAGUAAGCGCGAGGGUUCGGACUCUGGCAGUCGGCCCAUCAAGGCUGCUGGGAAGGUCAUCAUCCAGGACGUCUCGUGCCUCCUUCCUGUUCACAAGUCUCUGGGAGAACUGUACAUAUUGAACGUGAACGAUAUUCAGGAAACAUGUCAGAAGAACGCCACUUCCGCCAUGCUUGUUGGAAGGAAGGACCUUGUCCAGGUUUGGUCACUGGCUGCAGUAGCUACAGACCUUUGCCUUGGUCCGAAGUCAGACCCAGAUUUGGAAACACCCUGGGCACGGCAUCCAUUUGGACGACAGCUGCUGGAGUCACUCUUGGCGCACUAUUGCCGGCUGCGGGACGUUCAGACCCUGGCUAUGCUCUGCAGCGUGUUUGAGGCGCAGUCUCGGCCUCAGGGGCUGCUGAGCCCCUUUGGGUCUUUUCCUAACCGGUCUUCCAAUCUCAUGGUAUCCCAUAGUCGAUAUCCCAGCUUUACCUCCUCGGGCUCCUGCUCCAGUAUGUCAGACCCAGGCCUCAACACCGGUGGCUGGAACAUAGCUGGGAGAGAGGCUGAGCACAUGUCCUCUCCAUGGGGAGAAUCUUCUCCAGAAGAGCUCCGUUUCGGGAGUCUCACCUACAGUGACCCUCGGGAGAGGGAGCGCGACCAACACGACAAAAAUAAAAGGCUUUUGGACCCUGCCAACACCCAGCAAUUUGAUGACUUUAAGAAAUGCUAUGGAGAAAUCCUCUACCGUUGGGGUCUGAGAGAAAAACGAGCAGAAGUGCUGAAGUUUGUGUCCUGUCCUCCUGAUCCUCACAAAGGGAUUGAGUUCGGCGUGUACUGCAGCCAUUGCCGGAGCGAGGUCCGUGGCGCGCAGUGUGCCAUCUGCAAAGGCUUCACUUUCCAGUGUGCCAUCUGCCACGUGGCUGUGCGUGGCUCGUCCAACUUCUGCCUGACCUGUGGGCACGGUGGCCACACCAGCCACAUGAUGGAGUGGUUCCGGACCCAGGAGGUGUGUCCCACAGGGUGCGGGUGCCACUGCCUGCUGGAAAGCACUUUCUGAGCUCACAGACCGUGCGCCUGGUGGAAAUCCUAGUCCCUAGCAGCGUGGGAGCAAUUCCCCUUGCGGACCACCACUGCCACAGCUUCUCCCUGGAAAUCUUCCUUGUCUCUUCUCUUCGGCAGCUGUGGCAUGGACAGUGCCAGCUAAAGGUGAGGCCAGGGUCACAGAGCCGGACUCUGGCGGCACCUGCUGAGCUACCACAGUGGAAGUUUUCAUGGGGACAAGCACUGCUUGCAGAGCCAGUGUCAACCUCCAAACUUGAGGCCUGUGCCACCAGCGGGCUCUGCUGGUGCCAAACAUAGAGGCCAAGGCAGCUACUAGAGUCUCCUGAGCCACAGGGCCGUGGACAUAAUUUAAUCAACAGGCAAGCCUAUGACAUCUGGGACUUCAGAAGAAGAUCCUGGCAUCAGCAUUUAAUGAGCUGGUGAACAGCAGCCAUCUGAAAUAAGAUACUCAAAAUGUAAAUUGUGAUGUACUUAAGGAUUCCUAAGAUGUAUUCUUUUUUUAUCUUACCUCCAGCUGUUUUCCCUUGACCAAUAAAAUUCUAGUCA